ACAAUUUUGUUGGUUAUGUGUUAUUUUGUGUUUAAAGCUUUAAUUUCGCCGAAUUUUAAGAAUAAUUAAUUAAUGUAAUCGUAAAUAUGUCGUGCAUCGACGAUUCUUUCGAAUUAUUUUCGGCUCGAUCACCAAAAAUCGAUCCCACGAAAAAAAAGUUACCAAAAAAAGCAACGAAAUUAACGUUAAAAACAACCAAAAUUCGUCGCUCAUCGAUUUUGAACAACCAAGUUAAUAAUUGUACUGCAAUUAUAGUAAGUUCAUCAUCAACUGAUGACUCAGAUUUACCUUCGGAUGAUGUUAAGGUAAAGGAAAAUGAUGUUAUUGUGAUCGAAUCGAGCGAUUCUGAGGGUUAUCCAUCAACCCCGAGGUUAUUAGAUGAUGAAAUUAGGAUAUUAGAUGAUUUAUAUGGCGUUGGAUGGAGAGAAUCUCAAAAACAUUUAUUUCCAAAGUCGGAAUUGAAGGGUUUUAGGAAAAAGAAUCAAUUAAAUUUAAGUAAUUUUAGUAAAACUGAGACGAAGAAAAAUCAAUUUUUGAAUAAAAUUUCCAAUUCAGACGAUGAAUCAGAUAAAGAAAAUCAUAAAAAAACGAAAAAAAAGUUGUUUAAUGAUCUCAAUGAUAGUAGUGAUGAUAAUAGUGAUGAUUUAAAAGUUCCCCAAAUAAAAAGUUUUCUAGAAUCCCUCUCAAAAUCGGUUCCCAUCUCAAAAUGUGAUCCCUCAGCUCGAAUUUAUCGCGAAAAUUUUAAAGGAAAUCGCGAAAUAUUAAUUGAUAAAUUAAAAUCGAUUUAUAACGAAAAUAUUUUUGGGGGGAAAUUAAAAGAUGUUCCAAUUGAGUGGAGCGAAAAGAUGCGUUCUUCCGCAGGAUUUUGUUAUUGCAAAAAAAAAAUUUAUUCCAAUAAAUCAAUAGAAAGAUCGGCUAGGAUAGUUUUAUCAAAAAAAAUAAUUGAUUCAGCUGAUCGAUUACGAGACACUUUAAUCCAUGAAAUGUGCCAUGCUGCUGCUUGGAUUAUCGAUUUAGUCACUAAUGGACAUGGACCAAUUUGGCAAAAAUGGACUCGCAAAGCUGUUACAACAUUCCCAGAACUUCCCCCAAUAAAAACCUGUCACAAUUACGUUAUUCAAACUAAAUAUACAUAUGAAUGUAUGGGUUGUAGUUAUAGUUUUGGGAGACAUUCGAAAUCGUUGAAUUUAGAACGAAAGCGAUGCGGGUAUUGUUAUGGAACUUUUAAAAUAUUGAUCAAUAAAACGAAUAAAAAUGGGGAGACUAAAUCGGUGCCUGUUACUCCAAGUAAUAAAACGACGCCGUUUGCUAAUUUUGUUAAAGAAAAUUAUAAGCUUGUUAAAACGCAAUCGCUUCAACAUGGUGAUGUUAUGAAAUUGUUGGGAAAACAAUUUAAAGAGUUAAAAAUGAAGGAGUAAAUUUAUUGAUUUAUUUUGAUGACUAUUUAGAAUGUUUUAAGUAAUCUUUUUAUGAAACUACAUUUACUGCAAUUUUUUAAUCAAUUAUAUUAUAAAUAUAAUUAGUUAAUUAACAUAUUUUAAUUUGUUAUUGUAUAAUAUCCAGGUACAAACAAUGGGACCAUUUUAUUGAGAAUACCAACUGGAUUUUGAAUUAUAUAGAGAUAAUAUCUUGGGUAUUCAAAGAUCUAGAAUCUUCCAAAGCUGACGAUUUCGUGUUGUUAAUAAAUUUGACUAUAUAAUAAGUAGAUAAUAAAUAUAUUAUCUUAAAUAUA